AUGGGAGUAUUCCUCAUAUCUCUCUAUCAAGGAAAGAACCCAUAUGAAGCAGACCCUGAAAAAAUCCCUGCGACCGACUUGUACGCGGAUGUGGCCUUCUAUGGCCGCUACCACCCGCAGCCCGAUGACUUUCCGGCAGAAAACCGAAUUUAUCCGGCUGAUGAAGGUGGUCGUGACGUUUUCGCUCUCGGUAGUGUCAUCAUAAAGUCUACUCAUCUUCAUGAACACGAGCACCCUGGGUCUCGAGAGAUCGACUUCUCCUAUGCUGAUGCGAAUGAGGCUUCCGCAAUCUUACAAGCGAAGGCCAUCCUGACUGAUAUCAAAGUUCCGGCAACAUGGUUUUAUGGCAAGGUAUUCAUCAUUGGUUUCUCGACUAUGUAG